AUGGAGGUAUUAUCAAAGGAUAAGGUAAAUAGAUAUCUUAAAUUCAAAUUAACUGCUAGAGUAAUACCUAAAGGCCGCUUACCUAGGUUAAGGAAGGCCAAACACUCCUUCUACCUCUCUAAACUAUUUAACAAACUCUCUAAAUUCUCUAAUCUACUAUACAUUGGCGCUAUUAGAUUUGCUUGCCCGCUGAAGAUCAAAAUUUACAAGGCAUUUACUGGGUUGACCUACAUUAAGACAUUGAAAAUCACAAUUUUUAUACCCAAAACGACCUAUUUUACAUAUCGGCUAUUAGAUCCAAAAAGUGCGUGCCUCCAAAAUGGUAUAUUUUACAUGUCAGCUAUUGGGCUGCAAAAGUGGGUGCGUUUAAGCAACGGUGAGGUAACUGUAAGGGAUCUACGAGGAAUACACGCAGUAAGGUAUACUCGUCAGGUCUACAAAAUCGACCGUCAGACUAGCGGGCAAGCUACUAGUUAG